AUGACCCGAGUGGAACAAACCUCGCUUUUCGCACCCGGCGCCGGCGGCGUUUCCCUCCAAGCCAACAUGUCCGCCGCGAAACUGCUGGGAAAGAGGACCCAUCAGAUGCCAGGAAGAUUGAACGUCUCCGAGCUGUUCUUUGAGGUUCCCAGAGACUACGCGAAACCCCAGAGCGGCAGUUUGCGCCUGUUCGCGAGGAGUGUCGAGAGGUUUGAGAAGCCGGUGGAUGCGAGUAAGAAAGAGGUCAAGCAGCCUCCAUGGUUCCUCUAUCUCCAAGGCGGUCCUGGGAUGUCAUGUAAAAGCCCGCAGAGUUACGCUUGGACAGACUAUGUCCUUGACAAGGGAUACCAGAUUCUCUUCCUCGAUCAGCGUGGUACAGGGUUAAGCAGUACCAUUACGGCGAGGACACUAGCCAGUGAAGGCGGACCCGCACAGCAAGCCGAUUUACUGAAGAAUUUCCGCGCAGACAGCAUCGUCAAGGACUGUGAGGCGAUUCGCAAGACCUUGACAUCAGACUUUCCGGAAGAGAAGAAGAAGUGGUCGAUCAUGGGCGUGAGUUUCGGUGGAUUCUGCGCGGUGAAUUACCUCUCCAGGUUCCCGGAGGGAUUGCAAGAAGUCUUCAUCGUUGGUGGUCUGCCUCCCCUCGUCCGAGACCCGUACCCGGUGUACAACAGGCUGUUCCGCAAGGUCAAGCAGCGGAACGAAAUCUACUACCAAAAGUAUCCCGAAGACAUCCACCGGGUCAAGGAUAUCGUCCGCCACAUCCAAAAAGAAGAAGACAUCAAACUUCCCAGCGGCGGGACGCUGUCCGUGCUGCGCUUACGCCAGCUCGGCAUGCACUUCGGUUUCCACGGCUCCAUGGACAGCGUGCACGACAUGAUCACACGCUUCACCAGCGACCUGAACCAAUCCGGCUUCUUCACCCGGCCCACCCUCGCCGCCUUCGGCGCCCUGAUCCCCUUCGACACGGCCCCGCUGUACGCCCUGCUGCACGAGCCCAUCUACGCCCAGGGGACCGCCCCCGCCUGGGCCGCCGACCGCUGCCUGGCGCACCACCCCGACUUCGCCCGCCUCCCCCUCGACGGGCCCGACCCCGUCCUCUUCACCGGCGAGGCGGUCUCGCGCGCCAUGUUCGCCGACUUCGACGAGCUGCGCGGCCUCGCCGACGUCGCGGACCGGCUCGCGCGCUUCCCGGACUGGCCGCCGCUGUACGACGGGGCGCGGCUGGCGGCGAACGAGGUGCCCGUGUACGCGGCCACGUUCGUCGAGGACAUGUAUGUCGAUUUCGACUUCGCGCGCGAGACGGCGUCGCGGAUCGGCCGCUGCAAGACGUUUGUGACGAACGUGCUGUAUCAUGACGCGUUGGUCAACAGGACGGAUGAGUUGCUGAAGCAGCUGUUCGCGUUGAGGGACGAUACGAUUGAUUGA